UUCCCCUUCCCUUUCUUUUCCUCUUUGCUUUCCUCUUAGCCUUCCCUUUCUCCUUCCCCAGAAACCUCGGGAUUCCCAGCACAACCGUGUGGUUAAAAUAGCGGAGAAGCAAAGGGCAGGCUGGUCAGGAAGAGUCCCUGGAUAUGCAGUCUAGGAAAAAAACAUGUUUCUCUUGAAAAGAGGAUUCCCUUGAAAAGAUGUUUUCCUUGAAAAGAAGAUUCCCUUGCCAAGAGAUUCCCCUUCGCAAGAGGUUUCCCUUGGCUCUGAGCAGUGCAGCGCCUGAUCUCCACACUGCCGUGGUCCCAGCCUGCCCAUUCGCUGCCCUCCAUGCCUGAUGGAGGCAGCGCUGGCGGAGAACCCUCCUCAAGGCAGCAGCUGAGCCUGGUUCAGAAGUGCUAGUGGGACGUGGUUGGUGGCUUGGGCCACCCUAGGAAGGACGAUGGCUCAGGGCACUGGGAGCAUCAACAGCGACUACAAGGAUUGGGAAUGGAGUGCCGAUGCCGGAGAACGUGCCAGGCUCCUGCAGAGCCCCAGCGUGGAGAUGGUGCCAAAGAGUGGAGAGAGCCAAGGAAAUGGUCUGGGGGCCACAUCGGUUUUGGGAGCUGUCUUCAUUGUGGUCAACGCUGCCCUUGGGGCUGGGCUGCUCAACUUUCCUGCUGCCUUCAGCAUGGCUGGAGGGGUGGCCGCUGGCAUCGCACUGCAGAUGUGCAUGCUGAUCUUCAUAAUCGGAGGCUUGGUGAUCCUGGCGUACUGCUCGCAGGCCAGCAACGAGCGGACCUACCAGGAGGUUGUGUGGGCUGUCUGCGGGAAGGUGCCUGGCGUGCUGUGCGAGGUGGCCAUUGCCGUCUACACUUUUGGCACCUGCAUUGCUUUCCUCAUCAUCAUUGGAGACCAGGAGGACAAGAUCAUUGCUGCUCUGGUGACGGAGCCUGAGGAAGCUGGGAGCGGCCGCUGGUACGUGGACCGCAAGUUCACCAUCAGCAUCACUGCCUUCCUCCUCAUCCUGCCACUCUCCAUCCCCAAGGAGAUAGGCUUCCAAAAAUAUGCCAGCUCUCUAAGCGUGAUUGGCACCUGGUACGUCACGGCGGUCAUUAUCAUCAAGUACAUCUGGCCCGACAAGGAGCUCACACCUGUGGAAAUCCCCACCAGCCCCUCCACCUGGACAGCUGUCUUCAAUGCCAUGCCCACCAUCUGCUUUGGGUUCCAGUGCCAUGUGAGCAGCGUGCCUGUCUUUAACAGCAUGAAGCAACCGGAGGUGAAGACCUGGGGGGCAGUGGUGACAGCAGCCAUGGUGAUUGCCCUCUUUGUCUACACAGGCACUGGUGUUUGUGGCUUCCUGACCUUUGGGGCCAGCGUGGAUCAGGACAUCUUGCUGUCCUACCCCUCCAAUGACAUCCCCGUUGCCCUCGCCCGGGCCUUCAUCAUCCUCUCCGUGCUGACAUCCUACCCUAUCCUGCACUUCUGUGGCCGGGCUGUCUUGGAAGGUCUCUGGCUCCGCUACACUGGGGUGACGGUGGAGGAGGACGUUGUUCGGGAGCGGAGGAGGCGCUUACUUCAGACCAUCAGUUGGUUCCUCCUGACCCUCCUCCUGGCUCUCUUCAUCCCUGAUAUUGGCAAAGUCAUCUCUGUCAUUGGGGGCUUGGCCGCCUGCUUCAUAUUUGUCUUCCCAGGGCUUUGCCUGAUCCAAGCCAAGCUCUCUGAGAUCCAAGAAACCAGGGCAAUCAGCUGGUGGGCCCAGGUCAGCUACGGGGUUUUCAUGGUCACCCUUGGAGCCUUCAUCUUUGGACAGACCACUGCCAAUGCCAUCUUUGUGGAUCUCACAGCCUGACUCCUCCUCCAGGCUGGACCGCACUGCUGCUGCUGUGGGGAUACAUAUUUCCCCUAGGACCAAAGGGAAGCAGGGAGAAAACAUGUUGGCAUGUUGGGAGGAUCCAAAAGGAGUGUUGUAACCUGGGGCUUGGCUGAGAGAGCCCUGGGGUGGUUUGUAUCUCAUUGUCUUAAUGCACCAGGCAGUCAGGCUUCUCCUCUCAGCCCUGACUCCCUGGUCAAGCCAGUGUAUCACUACAAGGGGACCUGUAGUCCAGGCCAAGCCCUUUCUGCCCCUCUCGGGCAGACACCACUACCUUAGGCAUCACUCAGGGGUUGCGGCUGAGGUUUGUGAAGGCAUGCUGCUCUCACCCGUGUACCCCUGUGCUAGUGGAGAUCUGCUCCAUAGCUUACAACUCCUCCCAACAUUGGAGGGAGAUGGUGAUUUCUUGCAUAAAGGGAAUGAGUAAUCAUGUUUAUCAGACAGGACAACAUCCCUGUAGUCCUCUUCUAUGUCAGUGUUUGGUUUGAACUCUGUUUUCCUGUGGCUCACCUGGCUGGUCUCCUGCCCCUACCCUUGCAUCUCCCUCCACGUGGGCUGCUCUUUCUGUUACAAAGUGGGACUGUCGCCUUCAGCCUGGGUUUUCUUUGAAGAUUAGGACCACCUCGGGGUGGGUACAGGCAAUGUUUCACCUGCCAGGCUAGACGAGGUGCUGUGGCUGCAUCGACCUACUGGAGACACUACACUAGAGCAAAGGUCUUCUCCAAAUUUCCGAUUCUGUUCUUCCUGGAGGUGACCAGGGAAUGGGGACUGGGCCAGGUGUAGAUUUUAAUGGAUGCUUUGGAGAUAAAGCAGUCAGUAUUAAUCCGUUUCAU